AUGCUAUCUUAUUCAAAAUGUUUGGUGACCAGCGGUCUUGGGUACUGCGCUUGGUCGCAGUCUUCGUUAAGCUGGUAUUUUGUCUCCACCAGCCUGAUUUCACGUUGUUUCAAGUUGAUCACAAACGUUUUGCAACACGACCCAGGCCCCAUUUUCAAGCAGUCGUCUUUCAUCGACAUGGCGAUCUGCUCUUCCAGAUUGAAGUUUGUCGGACACGACUGCAACGAGAAUUCGCGUCGGUACUGGUCGAUGAACCCGGUCAUCAUUGGCAAUAGUGUUGGUUUGAUCGAUUGUUGCGGAUUCAAUGCCACGUCUAGUACUUUCUCCUCUGGAGACUCUGCUUCCACGGUGCUGGACAUGAUCGCCUUGACCGUCUUCACGUGGGCGUCGGAGCCGUAUAUCUGUCGGGUGUUUCUUGAAACCGGUUUUUCGUUGCCCAUGUCCAGCGAAGCAAGACUUCGAGAUAGUUUUGAAACCUUGUGGCUCGACGACAGCGGUUUCCACGGGUACUCCUCGUACUCUGCGGCGGGCGAGUGUGUCAACUCCGGGUUUUCGGAGCCACCUCGCCAACGCUCCAUGAACGAACCGAAGUUCUGGAGCGACGCGUACGACGAGGUUCUGUGGAUUUGCGACAUGGGCGGGCGUUCAGGGCGGGCAAUUUCCAUGAAUUUGGGCGAGCCAGAGAUGAUGGGCGUGGCUUUCGUUGGGAUUUCCCAGCCCUUGGUGGAACCUGAGCUGGUGAUCUCUGGAGACGUCGACGCAGAGCUCGAGUCUUCCUGGAAGCUUCGAUUUCGAAUAGGAAUAGGUUUUGACGCAGUGGCUGGCUGCGGGACUUCGCUGGUCUCGGAAACAGAUUUGGACAGAUUCUGA